AUGGACCAAACCCAAACCACAUCAGCUUCGGGGAGGCCCGGAUCAGGUUCCGGCCCUGUGACUAACUUUAACCCCCUCUCUCUUGCCGCUUCCUCUCUCUUGCCGCUUGCUCUCUCUUGCCACUCCCCCUCUCUUGCCGCUCCCUCUCUCUUGCCGUUCCCUCUCCCUCUUACCGCUCCCCCUCUCUUGCCGCUCCCUCCCUCCCUCUCUCUCUCUCUCUCUCUCUCUCUCUCUCUCUCUCUCUCUCUCUCUCUCUCUCUCUCUCUCUCUCUCUCUCUCUCUCUCUCUCUCUCGCCGCUCCUCAGGCCGGCUCCUGAUCAGCUGCUGCCGCCCUUCCCUGUCCCCUCAGCGGUUGACACUGAGGGUGGGAAGGAUGGGGAAGAGGAGGGUAGGAGAGAGGAGGGAAAAGGAGGAGAGGGAGGAGGGGAGGUGGGGGUGGUGAGUGUGCGAGUAGCGGACUGCAGCAGCAGUGUGCUGUACCCCCUCGUUAUAAGCACAGUGGUUCCUCGGCCUAUAGCCUUUAUCUCUACACUUUCCAAGACGGGUGUGGGAAAUCUCUCGCCCUACUCCUAUUUCAAUGCUGUGGCGCACAAUCCGCCCAUGCUUGCGAUUGGUCACUGCUGGUCCAGUGGGAAGCCCAAGGACUCGCUCACAAACAUACUCGAUACAAGAGAGCUGGUGGUGGCGCUGAUCAGCGAUUGGUUCGUGGAAGCGGCCAAUCACACGUGCGGGCCUUUUCCACCUGAAGUGGACGAGAUGGAACGGGCUGGCCUCACGCCUGUGCCCUCUGUCAUGGUGAAGCCACCCCGAGUUGCUGAGUCAGCAGUCAACAUGGAGUGCGUUGUCAGACACACAUAUGACGUCACUGACAGGGAUGGAAGUGUGACAACAACGAUUGUGCUUGUGGAGGUCGUUAUGUUCCAUUUCUCUGAGCAUGUGGUUACACGCACCCCCAACACUGGGAAACUGAUAGUUGACCCAG